AUCCCAAGAGAGAAACAAGACAAAUUUAAUCUAAAAUCAAUAUAAAACAAAUCAUUGAUUCACAAAAUUCUCUUUUUAGUGUUUGAUGAUUUUGUAAUGGUCUCCUCCUCAUCCAUGGCGGUGAAUUUGCAGAAGUUCAUUCAUGAAGAAGAAGAGACUGAAACCGGAAUUCCGAUAAGGUACUUGCCCCUUCAUCACGUCUACUUUACUGCUGCUCCUGCUCCUUGUGUAAGUGGUAGUGAAUCAUCGAACGUCAUGUCCAAGAAAGUGAAAGCUCGAAAUCUCAUCGAUGAACCUAUCGGUGAUUGUCCUGAUGAUUCAGGCAAAAAAGGGUCGGAGUCGAAGUCGCAGAAGCCCCUUCUCUGUAAUGUCUACACCAGGAGGGAUAAGAGGACUCGGCAUUGCGUGGAGAAGCUCCCAUUCUUUGAUUCUGUGACCAAACGGAUUGAAUCAGAAUCAAAGAGCCCUAAUGGAGUUGAGCUAAGGGUAGCUUUUGGAGGAAGUCGGUUUGAGGGUGACGACAUUGGAGAUGGUCAUUUGGAAAAGAAUCGAACUGACGAAUUGGAUGUUGGGUUUGAUUCGGUUAAGACCAGGAGAAUAGCUAAGAAGAGUAAGAGCGAUCCAGAUGGUACAAGGAGACUGAGAUUGUCAAUGGGUGGGCAGAGAACUUAUAGGCGGAGGGUCUCUUCGGGUUCGUGUCGCACAAAGAGAUGGGUGGAGUUGAAUUUUGAAGAUGUUAAACCAGAUACUUUCAUUGGCUUACAAUGCAAGCUCUACUGGCAAUUGGAUGAUGAAUGGUAUUCUGGUUCCAUUGUUGGGUAUAAUUUAGAGACCAACCAGCAUCAAGUUCGAUAUGCAGAUGGUGAUUCUGAAAGUUUGAUUCUCUCUGAAGAGAAGGUUAGAUUUCAUCUCUCUCGUGAGGAAAUGCAGCAGUUGAAUUUGAGAUGUAGAAUUAAGAAUGUGGGUAUUAAAGGCCUGGAUUAUGGUGAGAUGAUUGUGCUGGCUGCCGAUCUUGAUAACUGUCAAGAGCUUGAACCUGGAGAUAUCAUAUGGGCAAAAGUUACAGGUCAUGCUAUGUGGCCAGCAAUAGUUAUGAAUGAAGCACAUAUUAGUGCUCAUAAAGGUUUAAAGCCAACUUCAGCAGAGAGAUCAAUUCCAGUGCAAUUUUUUGGAACUCAUGAUUUUGCCAGGAUUAGUAUGAAGCAGGUCAUCUCAUUUGUUAGAGGCCUUCUUUCUUCUUUCCAUCUGAAGAGCAAGCACCCACGCUUCCUUCGAAGCUUAGAAGAGGCAAAAAUGUACCUGAGUGAACAAAAGCUCCCAGAAAGCAUGUUGAGUUUGCAAAUUAAGAUCAACACUGAUGAUUGUUGGAAUGCCAAUGCUGAGGAUGGAAGUAGCGAUCGUGAUGUUAAUGUAAUAGGAAGGGUGUCACAUGGAACAGCAGAAGGCAAACAAAGUUGUCCACUUGAAUUUGGAGAUCUCCGUGUAAUAAGUUUAGGAAAUCUGGUCAAGGACUCUGAUUAUUUUCACAAUGAGCAGUACAUAUGGCCGGAAGGCUAUAUAGCUCAGAGGAAGUUUACUUCCAUUUCAGAUCCAAGUGUAAGUACCUUCUAUAUGAUGGAAGUGCUGAGAGACCCUGAAUCAAAAUUUCGACCUCUGUUUAGAGUUACAGCAGAUACUGGAGAACAGUUCAAAGGAGCUACUCCAUGAGCUUGCUGGAACAAAAUUUACAAAAGGAUAAGAAAGGUGCAUGAAGUUUUGUUUAAUGGUGUUCGUGGCAGAGGUGGAGUGCAGAUGGCUGACAAAUCUGGUUCUUACAUGUUUGGUUUUUUGAACCAUAAAAUUUUUGAUCUCAUACACGAAUUGCCAAAUUCUAGAGUGUCCUCGAAGUACUCCGGAUGUAAGUUUUCCUCGGAAGGUUAUGGGGACUUGCCGGCUGGUUACAGACCUGUUCAUAUUGAAUGGAAAGAUCUUGAUAAAUGUAGUGUUUGCCACAUGGAUGAGGAGACAUUUGCCAUUGAAUAUGAAGACAAUUUGUUUCUGCAGUGUGAUAAAUGCCGAAUGAUGGUUCAUGCUAGAUGCUACGGUGAAUUAAAACCUGUCGAUGGGGUUCUAUGGUUGUGAAACCUAUGUAAGCCAGGGAUGGCCAAACAUCCCCCACCAUGCUGCCUUUGUCCUGUUGUAGGAGGUGCAUUGAAGCCUACAACUGAUGGAAGUUGGGCUCAUCUAGCUUGUGCUAUAUGGAUACCCGAGACUUGCCUAUUAGAUGUCAAGAGAAUGGUGCCGAUUGAUGUGCUUAACCGAAUCAAUAAGGAUCGUUGGAAACUUUUGUGUAGCAUUUGUGGUGUUUUUUAUGGGGCUUGCAUCCAGACCCCUACUUGUGGACUGGCAAGAAGAAAGAGCAGAGGAAGCCAAUGUUGGCAUGGUUGGCAAUUGUGGAGUGCCAAGAAGGCAGAAGUGACCCCACCUGCUCCUGUUCAGCCUGCUAACAUCAUUGGGGAACUCAUCAGGUGGUGUGGACAAAGAGAAUCUUUUGAUUUUCGUAGGAGGAGGGGAAGGAAAGAGCCCGAAGCCCUUGCUGCAUCAUCCUUGAAGUGGUUAUAUGUAGAGAAUAGGCCACACUUGGUUACUGGUUACUGUCAAAAUGGAUCCUUGGGAAAUGUACCCUCUUCCAAUCAACUCACAGCUCUAAGAUUAUCGUCUAGCCUUCACAACUCGAGAACCUCUCAGCUUGACAAUUCUAAGAAUAUCCUUUCUGUAGCUGAAAAAUACCAAUACAUGAGGGAAACCUUCAAAAAGAGACUAGCAUUUGGGAAAUCUGGAAUCCAUGGAUUUGGCAUAUUCGCAAAACAACCACAUGGAGCGGGAGACAUGGUGAUCGAAUAUACGGGUGAACUUGUCAGACCUCCAAUUGCUGACAGAAGGGAACAUUUUAUAUACAACUCAGUGGGUGCUGGGACGUAUAUGUUCAGAAUUGAUGAUGAACGUGUCAUUGAUGCCACCAGGGCAGGCAGCAUUGCUCAUUUGAUUAACCACUCAUGUGAA